AUGCUGCCAGUGCUCAUGAUCUCUGAGCUUCGCCUUCCAUGGCUCCGCCUGAAUUCGUCGAGCCUCAUCCACGGCUCCGCCUGCACCCCUGAGUUUCCUCCUGCAGUGGCUCCGCCCGCUCCUCCAGAGACUCUUCCUCCAGCAUUGCUGCCCACUCCUCCAGAGACUCCUCCUUCAGCGGCUCAGCCUACUCCUCCAGAAACUCCUACACCAGCGGCCCCGCACACUCCCCCAGAGACUCUUCCUCCAGCGGUUCCGUCCGCCUUACAAGAGAAUCCUCUUACAGUGGCUCUUCCCACCCCUCCUCAAGCGUCUCAGCCGCUUAACCCAGUCCCUCCGAACAAAGCUGCAGGGAUGAGCACUUCUGAAGUACUCAAAAGUACCAAGGUCAUAGUGAUAGGUUCAGGCUUUGCAGGUUUGGCUGCUGCAGCAACGUUGGUCAAGGCAGGAUUUCAUAAUGUCCUGGUUGUUGAGGCAAAGGAAAGAAUUGGAGGGCGAGUGCACACCACUAAACCGUUCACUAAGAAUAUAAUUGAAGUUGGUGCUAACUGGAUUCAUGGACAGAAAGGAAACCCCCUUUUCCAACUUGCAAAAGAACAGAACCUGCUCUCGGAGGGGCCAUCCGCAAGCAAGUUCAUGUGCCUGCCUAGUUCGGUAACCCCUCGAGAUUACUUUUUUAAAGAAGAUGGAAAGCAGGUUUCCACAGUGAUUGUAGAUCCAGUCUGUUCGCAGUUCAGCAAGCUCACCGCCAAAGCUUUUGAUGAUGCUCUUGAAUGCAGGCACAGAGAGCUAACUCUAGGAGGUUAUCUGGACGAUGCCUUUGGUGAGUCGGCUUUAGCAGCGACAAAGGAUUGCCAAAUAGUUUUUGAAUGGUGCAAAAGAACUGAAUGUACAGAUGAAGCUUGCUCUUCUCUAUAUGAGGUGUCUGCUUCGCAGAUUAGUUAUUACACUGCCUUAGAGGGAGGUUUCUUUAACUGUUUGGGACCGGGUGGCUAUCAAGCAAUCUUAGAUGUUCUCCUAAAAGAUCUUCCUGCAGGAUCGGUCAAGUGUAGUGCACCGGUGAAGAGCAUCCAGUGGGAUUUGAUUAAAAAAGGGAAGCACGAAGGCCAGAAUUAUCCUGUUCGGAUCAUCUGUGAAAACGGACAGAGCUUUGAAGCAGACCAUGUGAUUGUCACUGUAUCUUUGGGGGUCCUCAAAGACAAAGCAACAACCAUGUUUGAGCCAUCUCUACCAAAAACCAAACUUGCUGCAAUUCAGAAUCUCGGCUUUGGGAUAGUGGACAAAAUCUUCCUGUAUUUCGAGGAAAGGUUUUGGCCAGAAGACUGUACUGGGGUUCAGCUGGUGUGGGAUGAGGGCCCUGAAGAUAAAGACAUUUAUCAGUCUCUGCAAGAAGGAGAAGCCUGGAAAAAGUUGUGGUUCAAGAAGAUCACAGGAUUUGAUAUUGUGGCACGUCACCCCACAGCUCUUUGUGGCUGGAUCACUGGUAGAGAAGCAUUAUAUAUGGAGACGCUUCAGGACAGUGAAGUUGGAGCAAUCUGUGUGAGGUUGCUCAGGUCUUUCACAGGCUGGUCGGUUUCAGAAGUCUCAAAGACGCUGAUCAGCAGAUGGGGUCAUGAUUCCCAUGUCGCUGGCUCCUAUACAUUUAUUCCUCAUGGUGUUGAUGGAGUGAAAGCACACAAAGCAUUGGCGUCACCUCUUCCCCCUAAAGCUAAAAGCAGAGGGAGGAAGCAUCUACAGGUGUUGUUUGCUGGUGAAGCUACACAUGUGAACUUCUACACCACUACUCAUGGAGCUUACCUCACCGGGGUCAGAGAAGCGCAAAGACUCAUAAGCCAUUACUCUAGUUGAACAGGAGAAUAUAUACUUUGGUUUCAUGAAUAUAACAUUUUAUAAGUGUAUUACAUUUUGUAGACUUGCUCUUACACGCUAUUGACUUACACAAGUUUAUCAUUUAUACGAUUAUUGCUACCUGUAAAACUACAUAAAUGCUUACAUUCAA